AGAUUUGUGUUAGGAACAGCAUAGCAGCAAAGAGCUUAGGAGCUGCGGCAUUUUCUUUUAGCGUUUGCAUCGUUCCUGCUCUCUCUUUUUUUUUUUAUCCCCACCCUCACCAGAAGGAGAACAGAGUAGUAUCUGUUCGACAUUUUAGAGACCCAAAUGCCCGGUCCCACCCAAGCCCUUUCCCCAAAUGGAGAGAAUAACAACGACAUCGUCGAGGACAACGGAACCAACAUCAUCCCUUACAGGAAAAAUACGGUGCGGGGCGAGCGCGCCUACAGUUGGGGGAUGGCGGUCAACGUUUAUUCUACCUCAAUAACCCAGGAGACUAUGAGCAGGCAUGACAUCACUGCCUGGGUUAAUGACAUCCUCUGCCUAAACUAUACAAAAGUGGAGCAGCUCUCCUCAGGAGCUGCUUAUUGCCAGUUCAUGGAUCUGCUCUUCCCUGGCUGCAUCAGUCUUAAAAAGGUCAAGUUUCAAGCUAAAUUGGAGCAUGAGUAUAUCCACAAUUUUAAACUGCUGCAGGCAUCCUUCAAAAGGAUGAACGUGGACAAGAUUAUUCCUGUGGAGAAACUGGUUAAAGGCAGAUUUCAAGACAAUCUUGAUUUCAUCCAGUGGUUUAAAAAAUUCUUUGAUGCGAAUUAUGAUGGAAAAGAGUAUGACCCGGUUGCAGCUAGACAAGGUCAGGAUGCCAUUCCCCCACCUGAUCCAGGUGAGCAAAUCUUCAACCUGCCAAAGAAGUCUCACCACGCAGCCAGCUCUCCUACUGCAGGAGCAUCAAGGUCGAGUGCUACUACUCCGAAAUCUUCAACACCAACAUCUAGACCUUCAUCAGCUAAAAAGAUACCUGCAGCUGCUGCAACUCCCGCCAAAGGAGAGAAAGAACUGGAAGCACAAGUCACACAUCUUACUGAGCAGGUAAACGCAUUAAAAUCGGCACUAGAAGGAGUUGAAAAGGAGCGGGAUUACUACUUUAGCAAGCUGCGAGAGGUGGAGCUGCUGUGCCAGGAACAGGGUGAAGAAUACGCUCCGUUUGUCGAUCAGCUAAUGGAGGUGCUUUAUGCCGAACAGGAUCGAGCAGAGCUGGCUGAGGGGGAUGGACAGGAAACGAACGAGGACGCCCUCGAGGGAGCUUCACAUGAUCAGCAGGAGGAACAGGAUGAAUACUGACCACCAUCAUCACCCCUUACUACAGUUACGCCCCUCUUUUUAAGAUGUGAGAACUGUCAAGAAUUUUAUUUUUUCCUCA